AUGUGCGACUGCUUCCACGUGAUGCUGCCCACCUGGCCCGGAGCCCCCGGCAGCGUGUCCGGUCGGCAGCUGCGGCCUGGAGAGCCAGAUGCAGGAUCCGAGGAGGAGCGCUCGGUGACUGCAGGGCCGGGGCCCGAGCUCAUCCGUCCCCGGCCACAGGGCUCCUCGCCCGUCUACGAGUGCGUGACGGAGGGUGCUGGCUUCAGGCUCCCGGAAGACGCGCCGAGGAGGCGGAGGUCCUGGUGGAAGCGGGACUCAGGGGACUCGCGGACGUUUUCCAGGAUGAGCCACAUGGAGUCCACACAGGAUGGGACAGAAGUGACACUGAAGACGGAGGUGGAGGCUGGAGCCAGCGGCUACAGUGUCACGGGCGGUGGGGACCAGGGGAUCUUUGUCAAGCAAGUGCUGAAGGGCUCGUCAGCUGCCAAGCUCUUCAGCCUGAGAGAAGGGGAUCAACUGCUCAGUGCAACCAUAUUCUUCGACAACAUUAAGUAUGAAGAUGCUCUCAAAAUCCUUCAGUACUCAGAGCCCUACAAGGUCCAGUUCAAACUCAGACGGAGGCUUCCUGCCGGCGUGGCCGAGGAGGGCGCAGCCGGCAGUGCUGAGACUGGCCCGAGGGUCGGCGAGGAGCAGGACCAGGAUGUCGCUGAUGGCUGCACGGAGACCCCCACGAAGACGCCACAAGGGGACGGAGACCAGCAGAGGCUCCUCCCCACGCCCAGGGAGGGCAGGGGCCGGCGCGCACAGCGGGAGAGGCUUUCCUGGCCCAAGUUCCAAGCCUUGAAAAGCAAGCGAGGGCCCCGGAGGUCGCACAGCUCCUCAGAGGCCUACGAGCGGGGUCGGGGGCCCGACCUGUCACCCACCAGCACAGACACAGAGGCCCCGCUCCCCGCGGAGGAGGAGCCGGGCAGCCAGUGGAGGAGACGGUUCCCCAGCCUGAGGUUCAGGGCCGAGGUGACCGCGCCCUCGGUGCAGGCCGACAUCAAGACCCGUGAGGUCCGCGUGGAGCUGCCCUCGGCCGAGCUGGAGGUCAAGGCCGCCGAGGUGGGCGUCAAGCUGCCGGAGGCCCACCUGCCCGAAGCCGAGCUCAAGGAAGGGGCGGCGGGAGAGGGAAUCAAGGGCCACCUGCCCAAGGUGCAGAUGCCCAGCGUCAAGCUGCCCAAGGUGGACAUCAAGGCCCCGCAGGUGGACAUCGAGGGGCCCAAGCUGGACCUGAAAGGAAGCAAGGCCGAGGUGGCCGCCCCCGACGUGGAGGUGUCGCUGCCCAGCGUGGAGGUGGACACCCCGGCCGCGGGCGCCAAGCUGGAGGGCGACCUGGCCCUGGGGGACAAGGAGGUGGCCGCCCGAGACAGCAAGUUCAAAAUGCCCAAGUUCAAGAUGCCAUCCUUCGGCGUGUCGGCGCCCAGCAAGGCCGUCGAGGCCGCCGUGGACGUGUCCCUGCCCAAGGCCCAGGCCGAGGUGACCGCGCCCUCGGUGCAGGCCGACAUCAAGACCCGUGAGGUCCGCGUGGAGCUGCCCUCGGCUGAGCUGGAGGUCAAGGCCGCCGAGGUGGGCGUCAAGCUGCCAGAGUCCCACCUGCCCGAAGCCGAGCUCGAGGAAGGGGCGGCGGGAGUCAGAAUCAAGGGCCACCUGCCCAAGGUGCAGAUGCCCAGCGUCAAGCUGCCCAAGGUGGACAUCAAGGCCCCGCAGGCCGAGGUGACCGCGCCCUCGGUGCAGGCCGACGUCAAGACCAGUGAGGUCCGCGUGGAGCUGCCCUCGGCCGAGCUGGAGGUCACGGCCGCCGAGGUGGGCGUCAAGCUGCCGGAGGCCCACCUGCCCGAAGCCGAGCUCAAGGAAGGGGCGGCGGGAGUCGGAAUCAAGGGCCACCUGCCCAAGGUGCAGAUGCCCAGCGUCAAGCUGCCCAAGGUGGACAUCAAGGCCCCGCAGGUGGACAUCAAGGGGCCCAAGCUGGACCUGAAAGGCACCAAGGCCGAGGUGGCUGUCCCCGACGUGGAGGUGUCGCUGCCCAGCAUGCCCAGCGUCAAGCUGCCCAAGGUGGACAUCAAGGCCCCGCAGGUGGACAUCAAGGGGCCCAAGCUGGACCUGAAAGGCACCAAGGCCGAGGUGGCCACCCCCGACGUGGAGGUGUCGCUGCCCAGCGUGGAGGUGGACACCCAGGCCGCGGGCGCCAAGCUGGAGGGCGACCUGGCCCUGGGGGACAAGGAGGUGGCCGCCCGAGACAGCAAGUUCAAAAUGCCCAAGUUCAAGAUGCCGUCCUUCGGCGUGUCGGCGCCCAGAAAGGCCGUCGAGGCCGCCGUGGACGUGUCCCUGCCCAAGGCCCAGGGCGAGGUGACCGCGCCCUCGGUGCAGGCCGACGUCAAGACCAGUGAGGUCCGCGUGGAGCUGCCCUCGGCCGAGCUGGAGGUCACGGCCGCCGAAGUGGGCGUCAAGCUGCCGGAGGCCCACCUGCCCGAAGCCGAGCUCAAGGAAGGGGCGGCGGGAGUCGGAAUCAAGGGCCACCUGCCCAAGGUGCAGAUGCCCAGCGUCAAGCUGCCCAAGGUGGACAUCAAGGCCCCGCAGGUGGACAUCAAGGGGCCCAAGCUGGACCUGAAAGGCACCAAGGCCGAGGUGGCUGUCCCCGACGUGGAGGUGUCGCUGCCCAGCGUGGAGGCGGACACCCAGGCCGCGGGCGACAAGCUGGAGGGCGACCUGGCCCUGGGGGACAAGGAGGUGGCCGCCCGAGACAGCAAGUUCAAAAUGCCCAAGUUCAAGAUGCCGUCCUUCGGCGUGUCGGCGCCCAGCAAGGCCGUCGAGGCCGCCGUGGACGUGUCCCUGCCCAAGGCCCAGGCCGAGGUGACCGCGCCCUCGGUGCAGGCCGACGUCAAGACAAGUGAGGUCCGCGUGGAGCUGCCCUCGGCCGAGCUGGAGGUCACGGCCGCCGAAGCCCUGCAGGUGGACAUCAAGGGGCCCAAGCUGGACCUGAAAGGCACCAAGGCCGAGGUGGCCACCCCUGACGUGGAGGUGUCGCUGCCCAGCGUGGAGGUGGACACCCAGGCCGCGGGCGCCAAGCUGGAGGGCGACCUGGCCCUGGGGGACAAGGAGGUGGCCGCCCGAGACAGCAAGUUCAAAAUGCCCAAGUUCAAGAUGCCGUCCUUCAGCGUGUCGGCGCCCAGAAAGGCCGUCGAGGCCGCCGUGGACGCCGCGGGCGCCAAGCUGGAGGGCGACCUCGCACUGGAGGACAAGGAGGUGGCCGCCCGAGACAGCAAGUUCAAAAUGCCCAAGUUCAAGAUGCCGUCCUUCGGCGUGUCGGCGCCCAACAAGGCCGUCGAGGCCGCCGUGGACGUGUCCCUGCCCAAGGCCCAGGCCGAGGUGACCGCGCCCUCGGUGCAGGCCGACGUCAAGACAAGUGAGGUCCGCGUGGAGCUGCCCUCGGCCGAGCUGGAGGUCAAGGCCGCCGAGGUGGGCGUCAAGCUGCCGGAGGCCCACCUGCCCGAAGCCGAGCUCAAGGAAGGGGCGGCGGGAGUCGGAAUCAAGGGCCACCUGCCCAAGGUGCAGAUGCCCAGCGUCAAGCUGCCCAAGGUGGACAUCAAGGCCCCGCAGGUGGACAUCAAGGGGCCAAAGCUGGACCUGAAAGGCACCAAGGCCGAGGUGGCCACCCCUGACGUGGAGGUGUCGCUGCCCAGCGUGGAGGUGGACACCCAGGCCGCGGGCGCCAAGCUGGAGGGCGACCUGGCCCUGGGGGACAAGGAGGUGGCCGCCCGAGACAGCAAGUUCAAAAUGCCCAAGUUCAAGAUGCCGUCCUUCGGCGUGUCGGCGCCCAGCAAGGCCGUCGAGGCCGCCGUGGACGUGUCCCUGCCCAAGGCCCAGGCCGAGGUGACCGCGCCCUCGGUGCAGGCCGACGUCAAGACCAGUGAGGUCCGCGUGGAGCUGCCCUCGGCCGAGCUGGAGGUCACGGCCGCCGAGGUGGGCGUCAAGCUGCCGGAGGCCCACCUGCCCGAAGCCGAGCUCAAGGAAGGGGCGGCGGGAGUCGGAAUCAAGGGCCACCUGCCCAAGGUGCAGAUGCCCAGCGUCAAGCUGCCCAAGGUGGACAUCAAGGCCCCGCAGGUGGACAUCAAGGGGCCCAAGCUGGACCUGAAGGGCGCCAAGGCCGAGAUGGCUGCCCCCGACGUGGAGGUGUCGCUGCCCAGCAUGGAGGCGGACACCCAGGCCGCGGGCGCCAAGCUGGAGGGCGACCUCGCACUGGGGGACAAGGAGGUGGCCGCCCGAGACAGCAAGUUCAAAAUGCCCAAGUUCAAGAUGCCGUCUUUCGGCGUGUCGGCGUCCAGCAAGGCCGUCGAGGCCGCCGUGGACGUGUCCCUGCCCAAGGCCCAGGCCGAGGUGACCGCGCCCUCGGUGCAGGCCGACGUCAAGACAACUCCUGUCAAGGCUCAGGGGCCUCCGGGGUUAGAGGUGGAGGCGCCCGAACCUCUGGAGGCAGCUGAGAGGAGUGCAUCGUGUGUGGGCAUGCUAAAGAUAAACCUGGAUGGCAGGGGCCCGACGCCGCGCCCGCCUCCUCCGGGGGCAGCUCCUGCGGGCCUGUCCACUUCCGAGGCCAGGGUCCGCCCGGGCGAAGGUUCCCUUCCGCUUCGGAUGCCCAGCGGGGCACUUCUGGAAACCAAAGGUCCUCCUGCUGGGCCUGUAGGCCUGGACCUCGCUGAGGGAGAGGGGAGGGCGGAGAAAUGGUCCUCCCAGCCCGAAGGCCCUGUUAAACUGAAGGUGUCCAGGACCGACGGGCCGUCCCAGGUUUCCGUGGUCAGCGUGGGUCAGCCCUGGGAGGGCUCCGUGGUAACUGUCAGACUACCCAGGCUGAGCAUGCCGAGGUUCGCCUUCCCUGACCCCGGCUCGGAGGCUGACGUCUUCAUCCCCACUGUGCGGGAGGUGCAGUGUUCCGGGAGCAGCCUGGACGACGCCUUGCGCACGGAGAGCCCGGGAGCUUGGGGCGCCAGCAUCCUGAAGGCCGGCGCUGGCACCCCCGAGGAGGAGCCCGUGGCCUUUGACCUCUCCCCAGAAGCUUCCAGGGUCCGAGUGCACAUUCACGGUGCUCAGGGAGAGGGUCCCGGGGUCGGCGUACAUGGCGUGGUGACGGCAGAGCUGGCCGACCUCUUGGGACCCGAGGCCGUUUCCACCCAGGUUGUGCGGGAAUCAGAGAUCCCCGCAUCCGAGAUCCAAACCGCUUCUUACGGAUUUUCAUUGCUGAAAGUGAAGAUCUCUGAGCCCCCCACACAGGGGAGGGUCCGAGACUCCCGGCCAACGGUGGGCUCCUUGCAGGAGGCUCCCGAAGAAGCCGGCCCCAGAGCAGACCCCGUUUCUGGAGGCCUGCAGCCAGACCCCGGAGAACCAUUUGAAGUGAUCGCGUCCAGCGUCAGCGUACCUGGAGGCCCAGCGCUCACCGCCGACCUGCGCGCUGGGCACGCGGGUGUGGAGAGCUGCUCCGACGAGGAGCCCGCAGAAAUCCUCGAAUUUCCCCCCGAAGAGGAUGGUGAGGAGGCUGCCGAGGGCCUGGCCGAAGGAGACCAGGCUCCGAAGGAGAAGCCGGAAGGUAAGAGGUCUUCCGGUCUGUUCCGAUCUUGGCUUCCCAGCAUCAGUUUCUCUUCUUCCUCCGAAGAGACACGUGCUGACUCCAAAGAUGAAGUCCGUGGGCCAGCCCUCAUCCAGACCCCGCCGAGUUCGCAGCCCGAGGCAGAGCUGCCCAAGAAACCCGAGAAGGCGGGCUGGUUCCGAUUCCCCAAGUUAGGGUUCUCCGCCUCCCCCACCAAGCAAAGCAAGAGCUUGGAGGACGAGGCGGCUCCGGCAGAGCAGAAGCUCCAAGAAGAAGCCGCCACCUUCUUUGACGCCCGUGAGAGCUUCUCCCCCGAAGACAAGGAGCGGGGGGUGCCGGGCGCCGGAGCCAUGGUCACGUCCACGGCCAGGACGGAGCUCAUCCUGCUGGAGCCGGACCCGGGGGCCCCGGACGAGCCUGCGCCCGUGCCCGCUGCCCAGUGA